CUCUGCUGCCAUUUUAAAUCUCCCCAUCUUUCCUUUAAUUUCAUCCCAUCCUUUUAUCACCAGGCCACCUUCUUCAUAGUUCACAAGUCAUUUACUAUAUAUUGCCUUCUCUGUCACCUUUCUUCAGACCCAUCCUCCUCUCCCACUUUCACAAUCUUCUGAACCUUACCUGUAUUUAGUAAAAGACACUUUUUUUUUAAUUCUGAGAAAUGGGAACUGGUUGGAGAAAAGCUUUCUGCACUACUAUCCCUAAAGACAGAGAGCUCAAAUUUGUUGAUAACAAUCUUCUUCAGCAAGAUCAUCAUCAACAGCUACAUACUGAGGAUAGCAGUUCUCCUCGCCUGCCUUGCACAAAACCUUCUUCAAAUCAACACGACAUUGAUGAUCUUUUCAGCCCAAAGCUCCAUUGCAAAACUACCAGUCCCAAAUCUAACUCUUCGAAUACCCCAAAAUGUACUCAGUCCUGGAUCACUGCUUCGCCCAGAUUCUCCUUUUCAACCAUCAAGAACACUCUCCGUCUAUCCAAGAAUAGCUGUGGAGUUUGUAUGCUUGGUGUUAAGAAUAAGCAGGCGCUGGCGAUUUACACUGCUGAAUGUUCUCACACUUUUCAUUUCUCUUGCAUCGUCUCGCACUGCAGAAAACAGAGCACUCUGUCCUGUCCUGUUUGCAACUGCGUCUGGAGCGAUGUGCCUCUUCUCUCUCACAAUCUUAGACAGCAAGAAGAACAGAGUAUUGUACAAAAACCAGAACGGAUUCAGGAGAAGCAAAUUAUCAAAGAACCCGAACCCAAGUUCCGCAAUACUGGCUCUAAAAAGAGCAGUAUACGUUUGAAAUUGUAUAAUGAUGACGAGCCGUUACUUUCCCCCACCGCUGGUGAUAGGAAGUUUACUGCAAUUCCUGAGGUAGUGAGUGAAACGGAAGAAGAUUGGGAGGAGGAAGAGUUUCAGGGAUUUUUCGUGAAUCCAAUUUCAAGCAAUGAAGCUUUUGUUAAUCAGAGGCAGAGUAGGAAUGUGGAGGUGACAAUCUUGCCAGAAGCAGCUGUUGUAUCUGUUGGUAAAACGCAUGAGACUUAUGCCGUCGUUUUGAAGGUGAAAGCGCCGCCGUCGCCUGCGGUGGAUAGCGGAAGCGGCUCCCGGCAACUCACAGACUUGGCACGGCGCGCGCCGAUUGAUUUAGUGGCUGUGCUCGACGUUAGUGGGAGCAUGGGCGGCGCAAAGCUGCAGAUGUUGAAACGAGCCAUGCGUUUGGUUAUUUCCUCUCUUGGCUCGGCUGACCGGCUCUCAAUAGUGUCUUUCUCCGCCGCGCCGAAAAGGCUGUUACCGUUAAGGAGAAUGACGGCUGAGGGACAAAAAUCGGCUCGAAGGAUCGUUGACCGGCUCACCUGCAGCCAGGGGACUUGUGUUGACGAAGCCUUAAAGGUAGCCGGCAAAGUCCUAGAGCACCGGCGCGUGAGAAAUCCGGUCGCCAGCAUCAUAUUGUUGUCCGGCGGUCAAGACAAUAAAGUCAAAAAAAGAGUUGACCGAAACAGGCAGCGGGACACAACUCAAGACCCAUCAACCCGGUUUGCUCACUUUGAAAUACCGGUCAACCCGACCAAAGCCGGCUUCAGUAAAAAUGCCGGCUUUGAGCCGAACGAGGACGCUUUUUCCAAAUGCGUGAGCGGUUUGUUAAGUGUUGUAGCACAAGAGGUGACGAUUCAACUCGGGUUUUCUGACCACUCUGACCCGGCUGAGGUUACUGCCGUCUAUUCCUAUAAUUCCCGGCCGGCUGUUUUGAACCCGGUUUCGAUCCGGCUCGGUGACCUUUACGCGGAGGAAGAAAGAGAAUUGCUAGUGGAAGUUAGGGUUCCUCCUACCUCCAGCCGGGCCCACCACGUGUUGUCUUUAAGAUGCUGUUAUAAAGACCCUGCCAUGCAGCAGGAUUCCGUUAAUGUUCGGGAAGAAUCUCUGCUGCUACCGACACCACAAGCCGUUCGAUCAGCUUCAGCCACCAUCCAACGGCUUAGAAAUCUUUUUAUUACCACAAGGGCAAUAGCCGAGUCGCGGCGGUUGACCGAGCAUGGGGAGUUGACCAGUGCAAAACACAUUUUAUUGUCGGCUCGAAGCUUGCUGAACCUAUCCGGCUCGUGUUGCGUGGCUGAAUACGUCCGAGGGUUGGAAGCCGAGCUGACCAAAAUGGGGUCGUGGAAGGAACAUCACCAGGCGCUAAGGAAGGUGAUCCAACGGCCGAGGCCGUUUGAAAGAGAAUCGGCCGUGUUAAUAGGGGAAAAUGAUGAGCCGCUUACGCCGACAACGGCUUGGAGGGCGGCUGAGAGACUGGCUAACGUAGCCAUGAUGAAGAAGCCGGUUACUAGAGUCAGCGACUUACAUGGCUUUGAAAAUGCUUGGUUCUGAAUUUUAUUUCUUUUAGAUUUUUCUGUUUAUUUAGAAAUAAAAACAAGUUGACAACUCUGGUACUCAUUUAAAAAAUGAGAUACCGUACAUGUCACUUAAUUUAAAUCAAUACAUCAUUUUUAAUUUAUAUUUAAAUAAUUCAACCACAUUAUUUUGAUUAAUCCAUGUAGACAAAUGUACCAUACCUUAUCAAUCUACCUAAAAACAAAAGAAGAGUAAUGUUGAUGGGC